UGGGUCUGCGUAAGCAAAGCCUGCCCAUGUCACAUGCUUCCGCAGACUGUUUAAAAGUGCCCCGUUUCCCACCAUGAUUUAUUUCAACAGACUGACCUGACGGAGUCCAGCUAAGCUGUGAACCCUCCUCUCCAUGAUGAUGAUGCAGGUAACACUAUUCUUAGCUCUGCUGGUUCUUGUGGCCUCCGUUCACUCCGACUCCCAGUUCUAUCUGCCCAUCGACUGUGAUGACAUCCAUCGCCACGACAACACCAGCUCCAGUGGGGUGUACAUCAUCUACCCAGGAGGUCCCACCACGCCCCUGCAUGUCUACUGUGACAUGGACACUGACGGAGGCAGAUGGACUGUAUUUCAAAGGAGGAGCGAUGGGACCGAAAACUUCUACAGGCCCUGGAGCCACUAUAAAACUGGAUUUGGGAAUGUGGCUGGAGAAUAUUGGCUUGGCCUGGAAAACAUCUUCCUGCUGACUAUGAGGAAGGAGAAUGAGCUGCGGGUUGACAUGGAGGACUGGGAGGGAGGGAAAGCGUCCGCCCAGUACUCCUCCUUCUCAAUCGCUUCUGAGAACACCGGAUAUCAGCUUCACCUGGGCAGCUUCAUUGCUGGAGCCGCAGGGGACAGUUUGUCAAAUCACAAAAACAUGAAGUUCACCACAUUUGACAAAGACCAGGACCAGUGGGAUAAAAACUGUGCUCAGUAUUAUCUAGGUGGAUUCUGGUACAACGCCUGCCACAUGGCUAACCCCACCGGCAUGUAUGCACCCCAUGGUGCCAUCGGAUUUGAAAAUGUCCACGUCAUUUGGCAUGCGUGGAAGGGCUGGAACUACUCCCUCAAGACUAUUGCCAUGAAGAUCAGAUCAGUCGCUACGUGUGCAUGCACACAUUAACCUGAUUAGCUGCAGAUUAACUAGAUUAUGGUAAUACUUCAGGUGAGGAGAGUUGAGAAAUGGGUGAGCAUCAUCUCUGGCACCUGUGUUUUCCUACUGAAUUCCAUACCAACAAUACCAACAAUAGGGUUCAGGAAAUUAGUUUCAUUUUGUUUUCUGUUGUCCUCAACUGGGAUCCAUGCAAUAUAUUGUUUAGUAAGACAAGAGUCUACAGAAAUGCUAGCUGCUCUGUGAGGCUGUACUUACAGCAGUGCUUUGAGUUAAGUGCAAUGUGUAAUGUCAGCAUGCUCUCAUUGACAAUGCUAACAUGAUAAUGAUAUUAAGCAAGUAUAAUGUUUACCAUGUUCACCAUCUUAGCUUAGUGUGUUAGCAUGUUAACUGCUAAUUAGUACUAAACCCAUGAUGCAGCUGAAACUGCUGUGAAUGUCAUUACUUUUUAAGGUUUAAAGUAUUGAACAAAUUAAGAUUUUGACCUGAUGAUGGCGCUAGAUGAACAGAUAAGGGAUAACUAAAAUCAUCAGGAUUCAACAUUUGGUAGCCAUGAAUGUCUGUACACAUUUGGUGCCACUCCAUCAUGUAGAUUUUGAGAUAUUUCACAAGUGAAUACUUGACCUGCUGGUGGUGCAAGGAGAUUAAGAAAAAAAGUCCUAUAUCAGGGUAAACUUUAGGCUUGUAGCAUUUCUUUUCUUUCUUCUGCUAUCGGUGCACAAUUCAUUUAAAAUGUUGCAUAUAAAAACAUACCUGAAAUGAUGCAGUAUGUAUAAUGCUAUAAGUGGUGAUUUUUCUUUUGGUUUUUUAUAUGUGUUACCAAAAGAUGUCUUGUUAUAUAUGUGAUGUUUGAUAACUUAACUAAUAAUAGGUGUACUGGUAGUAUUAAUAAAGUCACUGUAUUCUCAGAAAAGACAACUAAUGUACAACUUUAAAGUUUUGUGACAUACUUCGGUUCAUCAUUGGUUCAUGAUACUGUAGCAUGUUGCUAUAGCCUACUGUAUAAAAAGCCAUUGGCAGAAUCAUAGCGUAUUAUGGAGCCCUGAAACAGACAAAAUGUGGUAAAAUGUUAUCAGACAAGUCAAAAAUAUAACAAUAAAUCAAUUGUUUGUGGGCUUUUUUUACUUUAAAGGAAAGGUAUGUGCAGCAUUAUGUUUCUUUUUACAUAUAUUUUUGACUUGUCUGAUAAUUUUUUACUAUGUUUUGUCCUUUGGGACUCCAUAACAGAAAAUUGUAUUAUCAGUUGUAUAUUAUACUGAUGUUUCUUUUCAAUAUUUUAUAUUUUCAUACAAAAUAAUGCAUUAAUAUUUCACUUGGUGUUUUACAAAAAGAGACAGGACAUAUGCUGUUUCUGGUUACCUGGAUUAGGAAAUAAAUAUAUAUAAAGAAAA